AUGGAUUCAAACACUGAAGCGAAUGAGAAUGCCGGUGAGCUCCCGGAUCCCAAGACAUGCGCUGGUGACGACGUGAAUCGCUCGGAUGUGAAGAAUUAUGGGAAUGAACUCGAAAGCGACCCUUCUUUACAAACCGUGACUGUGAACGAGAGCGCCGGCGGCAAUGAAGCUGUGAACGAAGGUCAUGAACAAGGCGAUCGGGAUCAGGGUGUUAGUGAAGCGCAAAAGAAAUCUGUCUCGUUGGCUUUGGUUCCGAUAUCAGUGCCUACAUCUGCUGCAAACGAUCCGCUAUACUUUCGCUCACCGAACAUUUUCAACGAAGUGAAAACUGAUUAUGCCGUGAAAUGGCAAGAGCCCACCACCAGUGCUCUCCAACUGGUGUUCAACAAAGGUCGUCACGGUCCGCGUCGCAAUCUGGCCGCUGAGUUCAUGAAGUAUAGGCCUGUUGGAUUCAAUGGAAAUGACCAGAAUCAGGCCAAUGAUUCGGUGUUUUCCAGAAGUGCUGAAAGUGGGCUUGCUAAUGUCCCACCCGCUAAUCAGGAUAACUGGAGAUUUCCACGUGCUGGUCCUUUAUUGCCAUUCACGGGCUAUCCGCGAGCAACCUCUGUUAGCUAUGUCUCUGAAAAAACUAGGAACAUCUAUUAUGGAAAUCUACGUGUCGAUACUGGACUGCCAUUUAUGCCGUCCCUCUCUUACACACCACUGGCCGGUGGCCCGCCGUACACCCUGACAGGUGAGGGCUCGAAACCUGCAAGUAGGCUCUCUGCAACGCCAAAUGAUGGGAACCUUCAAGUGGCUGUUCGAAUGCCGACUUUUUUGGCAUCUGCAGAACCAGGCCUGGUUGGAAAUAGUUACUGUACUACUCCUUGGUUUGAAACUCCUGGCCUAGACAGCAACUUCAACAUGACUGCUGUCAAAAUGAUCAAUUUGCUAGAGGGUCGACUUCCGGAGAAUGCGGACUGUGCUCCAGAUGGUGCUGCUGAUGAGUUUUCGCCGUUGCCCGGAUCAUCGUUGACUCCCUUAACUAAUAUUCCUCUCAAGGCGCCUCAAUCGGCUUGCGCUGACAUAGUGGAUCCUAAAAUGGAAAGUGUUGAACAUUUAAUAGAGACACAACAUAACACAACUUUUUCGAACAUUUCCAAUCGAAAGCGUGCCCCUUCCCCAUUCGCGGGGCGCUCGGACACAACAACUUCAUCUUCCGUCAUCACAAUCUCGUCUGAUAGCUUAGCUUCAGACGAAUGUCCACCAAAGGGAGAUUUCGGGCCAUCGCAGACAUCCUUCGCAAUUCAUCGAGUUGCUCAUUACCCUCUUUGUCAACGUGAUUUGGCCCCUACUUUGAACUCAUCGAAUGUAAUAAGUUCGACAGUCACUGAGGGACCGAUGAUGGAAACGUUGUCGACUGACAAAGGGAUCGCGGCAAAGAAGAGAUGUUUAGAAGAUGACCUAAAGUGGGCAUAUUUUUUCCCAACCGGUGUUGCCUCACGCACUCGUAAUGCUGAGAAAAGAAGAAUUCAAAUAAUUAUGGAAAAAUCUGGUCGAGUUCCAACCAGAGACGUUCGCGAGCCAGCUGUAAAAGACUGUCGAGAGGACGAUCAGAUGGGCUCGAAAAAGAAAGAAAAGAGUGAGUCGUAUUGGAAAAGAAAUGAAACGGCCCUGAAAACUACGAAGAAAGGAAAUCGUCGCGGCCGUGCUAGAAAUGGCAGCUAUCAAAGAAACGCAAAGAGGUCUUCCGAAGACAAAGUCACCAUUUAUCGCGAGGGAAAAGACAAAAAACUCUACUGCGUCUGCAGAAAGGUUUUGAUGGCCUACGGUAAUAUGGUGGCUUGUAGCGCUAAGGGUUGUGAAAGGAAAUGGUUCCACUACGGCUGCGUGGGUUUCGUCGCUGAUCCUCCUCCUGGUGAGUUAUGA